AUGGAGGGAAAGGAAGAAACAUCUUCAUCCUCCAGGAAAAUGCAAACCCGUUCUGGACCUCUAAAAGAUAAUGCUGGCAAGAGGGGCCGUUGUGAUACAGAGUAUGACUCUUCUGGUACUGUGCAAAUGGCCCCCACUGCCAAACUCCAGAAGCACAAACAUGACCUGGAGCUGGCUAAAAUGAAAAUAACUUGUCAGGAAGACUUGAUCAAAGAGCUAACCAAGGAGAUAGACUUUUUAAAAGACCAGCUGUCUCAGAUAUCAAGAAAUGUGAGAAACCCAUCCCCUGAAGCAUCCACAUCACAUGCUAAUUUUUCUGCAUCUUCUAAGUCAAGCUCAGAGUCUACCGACCCAUCCACAGACACUUCAGACUCAUCAGUCUCCUCAAGUUCCUCUACUUCUGAUGAUAGGAAGAAGAGGAAGAGGAAGAAGAAGAACACAAAGAAGAAGGGGAAGAAAGGAACAAGGGAAAGACAAAGCAAAUGGAGCAGUAUUUUAAGAGCUCGUGGACCAGAUGAGGUAAUUGCACGUUACUGGAAGGUGUUGAAGGCCUAUAAGAAGAAGAAGAGCAUCACUGCUGCUUGCAAAAUAGUGGGAGUAGAUCGCAACACAAUUACACUGAAUGCACCAAUUGCAGAGCCUUCCAUUGCUGCCCCUGAGAAGUUCGCUGAAUUCAAAGAAGAGCAUUCCACAAAGCAGAAGCUUGGUGAUUUUGCUGGGAAAUGUUUGGAUGGCAUCCGUGACAACCCAGAUAUUGAGCGUAAAGUGCAGGCACUUAAGAAGGCAAGGCAACUGUUGCCUGUUGGAAAGGGGGACUUUUGA